UCCCAGUCGUCUCUCCCGUCUCCGCUCCGCCUCCACCCCUAGUUCCGACUCGUUUCGGCCACCGGUCUCCUCCUCCGCCCGCGCGAGGCGCCAGGAUGGCCGCAGCGUCGGCGGCGCCGGCGGCGGCGGGCGCGGCGCAUCCGGUGGGUGCAGCGCCCCGGGUGGGGCUGCUGUACGACGAGAGGAUGUGCGCGCACGCGACGCCGGACGGGAAGUACCACCCGGAGAACCCCGAGCGGCUGCGGGCCAUCUGGAAGAAGCUCGGCGAACAGGGUGUCGCGGAAAGGUGUGUGAUCAUGCCGGCGAAGGAAGCCAAGGACAAAUAUAUAGCUUCAGUCCAUAGCUCGACCCAUGUAAAACUGAUGAAGAGUAUUAGCUCGAAGGAACACAAUUAUCGUCGAAAAAAUCUUGCUAGCAACUAUAAUUCCAUUUACUUCAACGAGGGCUCCUCAGAGUCUGCUUUUCUUGCAGCUGGUUCUGUCAUUGAGGUCGCUGAGAAGGUUGCAGCUGGUGAGUUGAGUUCUGCUAUCGCUCUCGUCAGACCUCCUGGCCACCAUGCCGAACAUAAUGAGCCAAUGGGGUUUUGUCUCUUCAACAAUGUGGCCAUUGCAGCUAAUUAUCUCUUAAACGAGAGGCCUGAUUUAGGUAUCAAGAAGAUAUUAAUCGUCGAUUGGGAUGUUCAUCAUGGAAAUGGUACACAGAAAAUGUUCUAUAAUGACUCUCGUGUAUUGUUCUUUUCAGUUCACAGAUUUGAUCAUGGAGCUUUCUACCCUAGUCAAGGGGAUGCAUCUCACUGUUUCAUUGGAGAAGGAGAUGGUCAGGGGUACAACAUUAAUGUGCCCUGGAAUCAUGGAGGAUGCGGCGAUGCAGAUUAUAUUGCUGCAUGGGACCAUGUGCUGCUUCCCGUCGCAGAAGCAUUUGAUCCUGAUAUAAUAUUACUGUCUGCUGGGUUUGAUGCAGCGAGGGGUGAUCCUCUUGGUGGUUGCGAUGUCACGCCAGAUGGAUAUGCACGCCUACUAACAAAGCUGUUAGGUUUUGCAAAAGGAAGGAUGGUGAUGGCUCUUGAAGGGGGUUAUAACACAGUGUCCAUAGCAAAUUCAGUUUUAUUUUGCGCAAAAGUUUUGUUGGGAGACCAGUUCAGACUUAAACCUCCAAAGGAUUCACCUUUCGAUUCUACAUGGAACGUUAUUAAAGAGGUACGUGAUGAAUUAAAGACGUGUUGGCCUGUUUUACGCAGUAAGCUUCCGAAGAAUGUACCCUUGAGGAGUUCAUCCUCAUACGUCGAGCUGUACUCUUCCUCUGGUUCCGAGUGUGAUGUUGAAGAUGAUAAUGAGCGUCCUGAUGCCAAUUCAUCUGUCAGUAUUAUUCAAGUUGAUGAUGAUGUUGUAAGUGAGCGCAUCGCAAUGUUGACACUUGAUGAAGAUAACCUUGCAACGAAGACCACAUCAAGUUGCACAACAGACGAACGAAGGGCAACUGAUUCAGUUCAAGCACAAAAUGAUGGAUUUGUCGUGGCGUCUACAGGAAUAUAUGGCCAAUCUCUUACUUGGAGAUCAGCAUUGUCAAGAGUUUAUGUUUGGUAUGCCAGCUUUGGUUCAAACAUGUGGAAACCAAGGUUCAUGUGCUACAUUCAAGGGGGGAAGGUUGAUGGUAUGAGUAUAGCAUGUUUUGGUUCACAUGACACAAGCCCACCAAGAGGUGCCAUGUGGAAGACUGUGCCUCAUAGGUUGUUUUUUGGGAGAUCCUCUACCCCUUGCUGGGGUGCUGGUGGCGUUGCUUUCCUCAACCCUGAGACAAACUACAACGAGAAGUCAUGGAUCUGCAUGUACAAAAUAACGCUCGAGCAGUUUAAUGAUGUAUUGUUUCAAGAGAACCGUUUAGUUAAGGAUGACAAUGAAGGUGGAAAAGCUGAGUCUCCUGACUCUCCUCUUAUUGGCUUGUCCGAAAUAGAGUCUCUCUCUUCAAACAAAGCUCUUCAUCUUGAACCUAUUAAGGAUAGCUGGUACUCCAAUGUACUUUAUCUUGGACAGGAGGAUUCCAUUCCGAUUCUAACUAUGACAUGCCCCUCAUUAGAUGUUGUGAGGCACAAAGCCGGUGAGCUGCCAUUGUCUCCUCCAUCGGACACCUACUCCGCCACUCUCAUCAGGGGACUCGUGGAAGGGAAGCAGCUGGACGCCAAUGAAGCUGCAAGUUACAUCGAUGCUGCUGCUGCAAGAGGCCUGUGAACUUGUGAAUGAUGCUUCACCGUGUGUUUUGUACAGCUAGCGGGAAGAAUUUUAAGGAAGAAUGCAGUAGGCGUGUAAGAUAUAGCUUGAUUCAGGACUGGGGAGCCAUAGAGCCCCCAUUUUUUGCCAGUGGAAAACAUUGGAUCUGAGUAGAUUCGGUUGGGUGGUUCAGCGUUUGGGCCGGUUUGAUCACUGUAGAAAUUCCAUGUACUCCGUAUUAAACAAGUUUGAGUUUGUGUAGGCACCCAAACCUCGUAUACCUUGGGACCGAAUCACUCCAGUUAUUUCUAGUGUUAAAAUGCUGUGGCUGAUUCUUGGGGC